AUGGGUUUCUCGAAGAAGGAAUCGGACGGCAAGAAAUGGGUCAUCGCAAUUAGGGCUCCGCUGAAGCCGGUGUCGACCAAGGCGAGAGGCGGCGGCCAAGAGAAGAAGGAGGAGGAGGAAUCGACCACGCCGACGGCGCGUGAGUCGAGGAUUCCCAAGAAGGCGGCCUGCCCGGCGGCGCCGAGGAAGCGCCGACCCACCUCGACUUGCCAGGUCGUGAGAGAGUUCUUCUAUCCGCCUGAUUUGGAAUCGGUUUUCGUCUGCCGCCGCGCCGAGAGCGCCAACUGA